AGAAUGGAUGGAGAGAAUUGCUCCUCCUUAACUGAAUUCCAGCUCUUGGGAAUUUCUAAUAACCCCAAGGUCAAGGUGGCCAUAUUCACCGUGUUUCUGGGCGUGUACCUGAUUAUUCUUGUGGCAAAUCUUGGGAUGAUCACUUUGAUUAGAAUGGAUGCCCAGCUUCAGACACCAAUGUACUUUUUCCUCAGCCACCUCUCUUUCUGUGACCUCUGCUACUCCUCAGCAAUUGGACCCAAGAUGCUGGUGGACCUCUUUGCCAAAAACCAAACAAUUCCCUUCAUUGGCUGUGUUCUGCAAUUCUACACCUUCUGCAUGUUUGCAGAUUCUGAGUGUCUCCUGCUGGCAGUGAUGGCCUUUGAUCGGUACCAGGCCAUCAGCAACCCCUUGCUCUAUACAGUCAACAUGUCCAACACAGUCUGCUCCAUGCUCAUGGCAGGGGUUUACCUGGUUGGGAUAGUUGAUGCUUUGAUACACACAACUUUGGCUUUACGCUUAUGUUACUGUGGGUCAAAUGAAAUCAAUCACUUCUUCUGUGAUUUGCCUCCACUUUUACUCCUUUCCUGUUCAGAUGUCCAAGUCAAUGAGCUGACAGUAUUCACUGUAUUUGGCUUCAUUGAGCUGAGUACCAUUUCAGGGGUUCUUGUGUCUUAUUGCUAUAUCAUCCUAUCGGUCGUAAAGAUUCGCUCUACUGAGGGAAGGUUCAAAGCGUUCUCCACCUGCACCUCCCACUUAACUGUUGUUGCAAUUUUCCAAGGAACCAUGCUCUUUAUGUAUUUCAGGCCAAGUUCAUCCUACUCUCUAGAUCAGGACAAAGUGACCUCAUUGUUUUAUACCCUUGUCAUACCCAUGUUAAACCCUCUGAUUUAUAGUCUGCGCAAUAAAGAUGUGAAAGCGGCCGUGGAGAAACUGAAAAAUAAAGUGCUGAUUUAA